AUGACGGAGGCCAUGGAGGGAGCUGAGUUCUGCUUUCCACUACUCCUCAACUCCUCCUGCAAGAAGCCAGAGCCUCCUCGCUCCAUCACUUUGCUCCUUUACAUCGUGCUGUCCGUCAUCUCUCUGCUCACCGUGACUCUCAACCUGCUGGUCAUCAUCUCCAUCUCCCACUUCAGGCAGCUCCACACCCCCACCAACCUCCUCCUCCUCUCCCUGGCUGUCUCAGAUUUCCUUGUAGGCUCCUUGCUCAUACCGGUCGAGAUACUCAUGACAGCAACCUGCUGGAUGCUCGGCGACAUGAUGUGUGCACUGUAUUACAUGUUACCUGUCAUCAUAAUCACUUCCUCUGUAGCCAACAUGGUGCUUAUAUCUGUUGAUCGCUAUAUGGCUAUUUGUGACCCUCUGCAUUACCCCACCAAAGUCACUCUAAAGGUUGGCACAGUAUAUGUUCUCUUGUGUUGGAGUUAUUCUAGUAUAAAUAGCGUUUUCCUUCUAUAUGAUAACCUGAAGCAACCGGGCAGGUAUAAUUCCUGUAAUGGGGAAUGUGUGGUAAGUAUUUCAGGAACUGCUGAUCUUGUUGUUGGUUUCAUCCUCCCCAUUACUGUCAUCGUAGUUCUGUAUACGAGAGUAUUCAUGGUGGCAGUGUCUCAGGCUCGAGCCAUGAAGUCCCACGUUGCAUCUGGUUCUGUCAAGCAUUUGAAGAUCGUGAAAGUUAAGAGAUCUGAGAUGAAAGCAGCAAAGACACUCAGUAUACUUAUAGUUGUGUUUCUGAUGUGUUACUCUCCAUAUUACUGUGUCUCCCUCUCAGGCCAGGACAUCUUGAUUGGCUCUUCAACUGAGGCCUUCAUGAUUUUUCUGAUGUAUUUUAAUUCCUGUCUGAACCCCAUCAUCUACGCUCUUUUCUACCCCUGGUUUAAAAAAGCUACUCGAAUCAUUGUUACAUUCAAGAUACUGCAGAGUAACUCCUCUGAGGCCAACAUACUGUGA